GCAAACGUCAUUAGAUCUUGUUGCCAUCUGCAGCCGGGAGUCAGACCCCGCCCUGCCCAGUGCAACGCUCAGAAAGCGAGCAGUCGAGAGCGUUAUUUACCAGAAAGAAGUCUAGUCCUGCAAGUUAUGGCCAAAAAAUUGGAGCUGCCUUUCCGACUUGACUCCCAGCUGACGGAGGUGAUGCGCCUGCGGGUUCAGUCCCUGCAGCAGCGAGGCCAGAGCAAGCAGGACGGCGAGCGGCUGCUGCAGCCCAACGAGGCCGUGUACCGCCUGGACUUCUCCCAGCAGUCCCUGCACUUCUCCCACUGGACGGUGCGUCUGGCCCAGACGGGCUGCCUCACCAUCGUGGCCACCUCGCAGCUAUGGACCCCAGACCUCACCCACCUGAUGACCCGGCAGCUCCUGGAGCCCGCCGGGGUUUUCUGGCGGGCGCCGAGGGAAAGCUCCGAAACGCAAAUCAAGUGCUACGAGGCCGACGCGCACGAGUUCGGCGAGAGGAUCGCCGAGCUGGCGAAGGUGAGGAAGGUGAUGUACUUCCUGUUUGCGUUCGAAGACGGCUGCAGCCCUGAGAGCGUGGACUGCUCCGUCGCCUUCACUGUGGACAGAUGAAGGCAGGACGACAACUUGGAGGCGCUUUUAGUUG